AUGAAUGGAAGUAACGAAGUGGUUUCCAAAACUUCGAUUCAGUGCCAAACGACAAGGAAGUUAGUUGCUCUAAUUUGUGUUUUUGUUGUGUUCCAGACCUUCACACGUUUUGUGGAGACUGGCCGCGUGGCCAAAUGCGCUAGUGGAAAAUACAAGGGAAAACUUGUCGCUAUCGUCAAUGUGAUUGACCAGAAUCGGGUACUCAUCGAUGGCCCAUUAACUGGCGUUCCUCGUCAGCAAUAUCCCGUGAACCACCUCCAUCUGACCAAGUAUCGGGUGAAGUUCCCGUACACCGCCAAGAGCAAGGUGGUCCGCAAGGCUCUGGAAGCCUUCAACCUGAAGGAAAAAUUCGCGAGCACCAGAUGGCAGGAACGUUCCGCCGCCAAGGCUAAGCGUUGCAACCUGUCCGACUUCGAUCGGUUCAAGUUGCGUCUGGCCCGGUCCGAGCGCAACCGCAUCGUCAGCACCCAGUACAAGAAGCUGAAGAAGGAGGUCGUCAACAACGGUAUGCUGUUCGGUAAGCCAGUCAAGGGCACGAAACCACUGCCGAAGCGACGCAAUCCCAUCCCCAAGAAGGAAGGCAAGAAGAAGCGCGUCCGGAAGAACAAGAAGGUCCCGGCCAAGAAGUAAAGUUUACGCUGCUUCUGACGCUUAACAAAAGGGAGUGAUUAAAAUAAUACGUGCGAAUGUGUGUUCCGAAGAAUUGGGAGAAGAAAUAUACCUAAUUGCUAAAAAGUAAACAAAACUACGUUAAAAUAAGAUGGAAGAUUAUGUUCUAAGAA